AUGGCUGACUGGGGAAUUCCCAUCUUCUUAGCAGCUGAACCUCACCAGCAGUCUCCAGUGAAGAAUGCAGAGGGAAUUUCUGAUAAUCCUUUGGAUGCUCCUGCGUCCCCGAGACCUCAGGAUAACGAUGCGGAACCCGAAGACGAAGAAAUGGGCGGUACUGAGAACGAAGCAAAAAAAGAAAACGGUGCCGAUGAUGGUGAUGGCACAGAAGGCCUCCAGGGCGUCGACGCUGUCGGCGAUGAUCAGUCUGUACCAGAAAAGUCUACACUCGAAGCGGCAGCUCGCAGCCACCUCAUUUCGCAGACACAUGCCAUUAUCCUGCCAAGCUAUUCGAGCUGGUUUGACAUGCAUCAAAUUCAUCCCAUCGAAAAGAAAGCAAUGGGCGAAUUCUUCAAUGGUCGCAAUCGAAGCAAGACGCCAGCAGUCUACAAGGAUUAUAGAGAUUUCAUGAUCAACAGCUAUCGAUUGAAUCCCAUAGAAUAUUUGACUGUGACGGCUUGCCGCCGCAAUCUUGCAGGAGAUGUUUGUGCUAUUAUGAGGGUUCACUCUUUUCUGGAACAAUGGGGUCUUAUCAAUUACCAGGUUGAUCCGCAAACACGACCCUCGAAUAUCGGACCACCAUUUACAGGCCAUUUUCGAGUUAUUGCAGAUACCCCACGCGGUCUUCACCCAUUUCAGCCUGGACCUAAUCCUCUCGUUACUGCAGGCAAACCGUUGGCAGCCACUGAUCGUGCCGCAUCAGGAACACCCGUUAAGGCUGAUUUAAACCUUGAAAUCAGACGCAAUAUCUAUGACGACAAGGGCAAAGAAAUUACCCCUGCUGAAGAUAAAGAGAAGCAGACGAAUGGAGACACACCUGCCGCAAACGGUACAUCAUCUGAAGCUGCAAACAAAGCAAUGGAAAGUGCGGUCAGAGAGCCUCGGAAAGUUUUUAACUGUUGGUCUUGCGGCAUUGAUUGCACCCGUCUGCGAUUCCACUACACGAAAUCUGCUCCUGUUUCGAGCAAUGCCAAUGCACCUGACAACAAAUAUGACGUUUGUCCCAACUGCUUCCUGGAAGGUCGACUGCCUGCAAGCCACACUGCGGCCGAUUUUAUCCGACUAGAAGAAAAUGACUACACCAAAGUCUCGGACAAGGAUGCUCCAUGGUCUGAUGCAGAACUUGUUUUGCUCCUUGAAGGAAUAGAAAAUUUUGACGACAACUGGGAGCAGAUUGCCUCUCACGUGGGCACAAGGACCCGAGAAGAAUGUGUUAUGAAAUUCCUGCAAUUGGAGAUUGAAGAUAAGUACGUCGAGGACGUUGAUGGGUCAAAUGAUGCCACGGUACGUGCGCUACAGGGUCGCGAUCCGAUCAGUAAACUGGAUAAUCCUGUACUCUCUGUCGUCGCCUUUUUAGCUCAGCUAGCCGAGCCGUCCGUGGCUGCAGCUGCCGCUGGUCGCUCUGUUGAGCAGAUUCGGAAAGAACUCAGAGAUCAGUUGAAUAAAAGUUCGUCUUCAGCUGAAAAGGGUAAAGACAAAGAGGGCCAGGAGCUCAAAACUGAGGAUACAAUGGAUAUCGACACUACCCGUGAAGCCGAAUCAACAACUGGUACAAGCGAGAAGCGUGAAUCCCUGGCAACGGUUGCCCUUGCUUCUUCUGCGGCUCGUGCCGGCGCUCUCGCUUCUCACGAAGAGCGAGAAAUGACACGGCUCGUUUCAGCUGCGGUUAAUGUUACACUCCAAAAAUUUGAGAUCAAAUUGGCCCAAUUCAAUGAAAUGGAAGAAAUCAUUGAAGCCGAGCGACGGGAGCUAGAGCAGACUCGACAACAACUUUUCCUUGACCGGAUGGCAUUUAAAAAGAGAGUCAAGGAAGUGCAAGAUACUCUUCAGCACGUCAGCUUACAAGGACCAGGCGCAGAUACCACUCGAGCUAUUCAUGAUGCCGCUUCUGCUGGAAUUAGCUCGCGUUUCCAUUUCAGUCAGGUUCAAGGUGACGGAAGUAACGGCAUCCAGCCAUUGAGUGCCCAGCCUGGUUCCGAUUAUAAGAACUUUGAUCUUUAA